AAUUUGGUAACCUUCAUGGAGAAAUAUCAGUCUCAGAGAAGAGAGCGAAGGGAUAAGAUGGAGCAGUUAAGCGUGUUCCUGCUACUGUUUGUCUGUGCUGCUGCCUCAGAUGAACCGUUGCUGAAGGGAGGCGAGGACUUCGACACCAUCCUAAUUCACAUCGGCAUGGGAAAGUGGAACAUCAUGUACUACUUCUCUAUUGGUGCUUGGAAGCUAGCCCUUCCUCACCACGCUCUUGCCGGCGCUUUUAUCUCGCCAUAUGUGAACCACACGUGUCGCCUUCCCACUGACGUUCCCUCCGGCAGCGGCACUAUCGCCUCCCAGAAUGCCUCAACGGACACUGUCUGGAUCUUGCCGAACGACGAGUGCAGUUACCUGAAGAAGGAUGUAACCACGGGGCGCCUGGAGGAAGUGCCGUGUACCGAGUGGGACUAUGACAACUCUACGUUUUCCACCACUGCCACGUCUGAAUACAAUCUGGUGUGCGAACGACAGUAUCUCCGCGCGGCCUAUCAGAGUCUCUAUAUGGGCGGCUUUCUGGUGGGAGCCUUCUUCAGUGGCCAACUGGCUUAUCGUUACGGACGGCUGACAGUGAUAGCCGUUUCGUCCAUAGCUUACUCCGUGAUGGCUCUCGCGUCGGCGUGGAUACCCUCCCUUGUAUUCCUGAUGAUCUUUCGCUUCCUGCUGGGCACCAUGCAUCCCACCUCCCUCGUCACAGGAUUUGUCUUUUCAAUGGAAAUCACGGAGAUUAAGUGGAGAUCGACGGUGUCGGUGGUAGUGGGGAUGAUGUGGGGAGUCGGAACCAUACUGUGGGGUAUCUUUGCCUACUUUGAGAGGGACUGGCGGUGGCUGCAGACCUUCGUGUCGCUGAUCGGCCCCGCCGUUCUGCCUUUCCUGCUCCUGCUGAACGAGUCCCCGCGCUGGCUGGUGGUGACGGGGCAGCAUCAGAAGGCCCUCUCAGUCAUACAGAAAGCGGCCAGAAUAAACAACAAAAGCUUGCCUCCCACCGAUCAGCUGCUUGCCAUCAUGACGAAAGUCCAAGAGCAGUCAGCUUCAGAGGAGGGCAAGGCAACCCAUCGGUCCCCUGGCGUCAUCGCGCGCGAGGUGCUGAGCCAGGUGGCCAUCAUGUUCAGCACCAUCAAGCUAGCCACCAUCACAGUCGUUACGAGCAUCGGCUUCUUUGCAGUGGCCAUGAUCUUCUUUGGCCUCACCCUCGCAGCCUCGUCCCUGGGCAUCAGCAACCCCUUCCUCUUCAUGGUGAUCUCAGGCUUGGUCGAGCUUGUUUGUUUCUUCGCAAUUUAUUUUCUGGAGAAGAUGGGCCGGAAGAAGUUUGCUGUUUUCAUUUUCGGUCUGUGUGCCGUCGCCCUCCUGUUGCAGCCACUGGUACCUGCUGACUUGCAGUGGUUAUCCACAACGUUGGUAAUGAUUGGUAAGAUGGCUUCCGCCAGCGCCUUCACCUUAAUGUUCCUGUACUCGUCUGAGCUGUACCCGACAGAGGUCAGGACACAAGGCAUGGGGAUAGGCAUGAUGUCAUCCCGCGUCGGUGCAUUCAUCGCCCCGUUCAUUAUGAGUGCACUGGAGGUUGAUCACCCGUGGGCGAUCUCCGUGGUGUUCGGGCUGACGGCAACUGUGGCCUCUUUGUCCUUCUUGCCACUGUGGGAAACUAGCAAUGUUUGUCUGCCGGACACCAUUGCGCAAAUGGAAGGACAGAAGGGAUCAGCCGACCACGCACCUAAGGGAUACGAGUCAGUGCCGCUACAGAAAGACGGCAGCGGCGAGACGUCGACGGCGGCCUGAGACGCGAGCACUUGUGAAGGGACAAGGACACCACGUAAUUUACAAUAAUGCAGCGGAUUAUUGUUAUUAUUAUUAUUAUUAUUAUUAUUAUUAUUAUUAUUAUUAUCAUUAUUAUUAUUAUUACUAUCAUCAUCAUUAUUAUUAUAGUAGUAGUAGUAGUAGUAGUAGUAGUAGUAGUAGUAGUAGUAGUAGUAGUAGUAGUAGCAGUAGUAGUAAUAGUAGUAGUAGUAGUAGUAGUAGUAGUAGUAGUAGUAGUAGUAGUAGUAGUAGUAGAAGUAGUAGUAGUUGUUUUUGUUGUUGUUGUUGUUGUUAUGAUGAUGAUGAUGAUGAUGACAGCGGUGAUGAUAAUGAUGAUGAUGAUGACGACGGCGGUGAUGAUGAUGAUGAUGAAUGAUGAUGAUGAUGAUGAUGAUGAUAAUAAUAAUAAUAAUAAUAAUAAUAAUAAUAAUAAUAAUAAUAAUGUAAUCACUGGUUCGAAUCUUGCUUCGAACAAACAAACAUGUCUUUUACUUAUGUAACGUUGCGGUCUCUGACCACCUAAUUGUGAGUCGGUACUGUGCGGAAUCCAAGAUGAACAGUGGUCUUGCCUUCCCGACAGGAGGGCAAGCAACCAGUUUUACCCUCCUGUGUGUACAUGGUGUCAGUAUUGUUUGGCGCGAUGCACUGAAAGCAAUCUCACAACUUUGAAUGUUUAUGUGGACUGUGGACGAUUAUACAGUAUAUGCCAGUUGAGCAGGACCCAUUGGGGUCUAAGCCUUACCUCUCCCUUUUCUGCUGCACGUAAACUCUUUAUGAUCUGUGAUACGUUGCUGAAAUUUGCUGAUUUAUAAAUCAUACUUAA